AUGGCCAAACGUCGGGCCCAUCCCAUAUUCCCGUCGACGGCAUAUUACCAGGGGCCCAUGCAACGACAGACGCAGCACGCGGAGGCGGAUGGACAGGAAAUCGAGUCCAUCCGGGAACAGUUUGACCGGUGGGCCGGGCAAUGUCGAUUAUGCGGGAUGACAGGGCAACCAGCGCACCAUAGGAUUGGCAAUUGUCCCCAUCCACAGGCACAGAUUGCGCAGUCAUGGAUGGACCAGGUGAUCGAACAGGUGGUCCAUCAGCCACGGGGGGCCGGACGGCGAGGGUAUGAGGCAUAUGCGGCAUGUUUUGGAUGCCAUUCCCCGCAGUGGAUUUGCCAACAGUGGGAGAGCAACGGCUACGGUGGUUACCAGAAGACGCACGAGCGGUGUCAAUAUCCCCAUGUGGCGAUUCCGAUCAUGGGACAGUUAUUGCAUGGACCGCAGCGGCAUUCCAUCCGUGUAGCAUGGCAACAGCGAAUGCAGGCCCAGUUCCCCGGGGUGGACAUUGACGAUGAGCGAGGGUUGAUUGGACAUUUCCAACGGCGAUUUGGGCGACGUGGUGAGGAGCGCAGCGGAUUGGUGGUAGAGAUGAAUUCGAUGUGUGAAUUUAUCGAGCGGGAAUUCCCCGCGUGA